CUGCCUUACCUUAUUGUCAUUACUACUUUAAAAAUUUACAAUCUUUGUAUUUUAUAUUUAAAACUAUUUAAAAUGCAAUGUUGCAAACUGUUGCAAUAAUGACAGAAUUAGCAAAGAAAGAACCUCCGAAUACUGCAAAUAGUGUAAAUGUCUACGUAGAAUAUUGCGGUGUCUGCGAUUAUGGGGGACAUUGCCUUGCACUUGCUCAAACUAUUCGUCAAAGUACUCCAAAUGCAACAGUGUCCUGCAAACGAGGACGACAAGGCAGUUUCGAGGUAGUAAUAAAUGAUAAAUUGGUAUAUUCAAAACUCCAAACCAUGGCUUUACCUGAUUACAAUGAAGUGUCUCAAGUAGUGAAUGAUGUAUCAAAUGGAAAUGCGCUAAGGGAGAUAAAAGGACAACAACCAAUCAACUGUGUAAUAUCAUAAUAUGUAUUUGUAAAAUAUAUAAUGUAUAUAUUUAGCUGUAACUUUGAAAAAUCCCUGUAACAAACUAGUCUUAAAUGCAUCUUAAUAAUAAGGCAAGUUCAGAA